AUGGAAAUUUCAACAACUAAAGAUGCAGCAAUGAAUGAGAAAAGUGACUGGAGAAAAGAAGAUGGCGUCGAUCUAAAGUACCACAGAAAAACCAAUGGAAACGGUCAAUUCAAGCGGAAUUUCAAUGUGCUUAAGGAAUCAAAGUCAAAGUAUGAAGUUUGUGGCUGUUCCAAUCACGUUUAA